AUGAGGGGGCCUGGUUUUCAGGUGAGUUUUCCAGGGGUCAUUCUGUCUGCCAUUUUACCCACAAAACAAUGAGUGCAAAAGGAGGUAUUCAUCAGACUGCAAUCUACUGUUAUAUCCACCACAUAUGUUCAUAGAGCUUAGGGUUUAAAUCAUGGACCGGUCACAAAUUACCUGCAAUUUGAGCAGAGCCCCUAGGAUCACAAAUCAAUCAUACUCGGUUCAUGCCAAAAUCCACAUUUAAUGAAUCUGAACCAGUUGAUUGUAAACCAAGUGAAUGGAGCUUUGAUUGUAAUAGAAAUCUAAGAGGGAUAUGUCUUUGUUCUUUCUUUCUGUGUACAGGAAGCGUUGUCGGUGGUGAGUGAGGACCAGUCGCUGUUCGAGUGCACCUACGGAACGCCCCACCACGCCAAGGCGGAGAUGGCGGCGGCGGCGGCCAGCGAAUACGGCCAGACGGCCAAAAUGAGCCCCAGGGUGCACCAGCAGGACUGGCUGUCCCAGCCGCCGACCCACGUCACCAUCAAGAUGGAGUGCAACAGUGGACAGGUCAAUGGCAACAGGUACAGCAGUCCACCUUUAGCUUCACCUUUACAUAUGUCUGGCCCGUAUCGUGUGUUCUCUGGAGAGUGCUAGCAUAAGAAGGGGUGAAGUGACAUAGAACCACCUCCUAGCUGCAGCCGGGCUGCCUGUGGCCCUAAUUUCCUGUCUAUUGUCUGCAUUUCUAUGGAUGUACUUUAAACAGGUGGGUCGAUGCGGCCUGAAAUCGAAACUCGCAAUGUAAAUAUUUUGAAUUACGGGGGCAGAAAAUUCAAUGCGAUGGUAUAGAGUCAGUUAAUGGGACGUCUGUUGUUUACGCCCAUCAAUAGUAAAGAGUCUUGCCUGGCUUACACAGUGACAGCCAGCAGCCAAGCUAUUUGCCAAACAGACGAGGAACUUGACUGAGGUUUUCAGUGGGUGAAGAAAAACUGGCAAAGCUGCCUGAGACCCAAUCCAAGACAGAGUUGCUGCUGUUGGAAUCCCAAACUCAAAACAGCUGUACCACAAAAAAUAUGUAGAAGGACCGCCACUGCAUUCAUAUUUAUAACACGUCUCACACAUUCAAGAACCCCCUCUCCAUCCAUCUAGGCCCCCUCCAAUCUCCACACAGCCAUCUCCAUCUCCACAGACACCCAGGCAGAGGGCCUUAUUUAUCUGGCGGUGAGACAUGGGAAAGAUUGUUCCAAUUAGUGACGAGUCAGGGAGCAGAGGAAGAUUUACAGCGGAGAUCAACACAGACAGCACUGCUGCUCCUGCACACACCACUAUCCUCCCCUCCAUUCACUAGGCUACUAGAGGGAAGCCUACUGUACUGCCAAAUAAAUGUAUGUGUAUUUGGAGGGGGGAAGACAGGUAGGUGUGUGUGUGUGUGUGUGUGCGCACACCCGUAUGUCUGUGUGUAUGCGUGCAUCUGGGGACCCAAAGCUCAACCCGGAGUGUUCCAAAGCUCUCCGACAUCCCAGGAGUUUGGUCCAAUUUCCAGAGUGGAUAAUCUUAAAGAUCGUGUUACAUGUCACGGGAAUGGGGUUUUUCAGCCUGAGUUAUGGCUGAAGCUUUAGAAAUGGGAGGGAGCGUAAUGGUACAGCUGGGUGACAGAUAGCCUCAGCGAUGGAAAUUAUUGCGGGGAAUGUUGACAUGGGGGCUAACAGGGGUCCUGAGGCUACCCUCAUUAUCUGGAUUUAAUGGGUUUGUGGACCACCCCUCCCAUGCCCCCCUCCAUCAUCCCCCACCCAGUACCCUCAGUGAGCAGCAGCAAGGUUUAUGGGAAGUGAAGUGGGCCCGGGAGCCCAACCUCUUGGCAGAUUAAUUAGCUGAUCCAAACCUGGAGAACAAUGAACAAGUUAGCUUCAAGACAAGGUCGACGGGUCGCCUGCACUCCUCUACACUAGGAUUCCCUUGGAUUGUUUGUUCUUUCUGUCUCCCUCGCUCUGUCUCUCAUUCUUAUCUCUAUCUCUGUCUCUAGUCUCUGUCUCUCUUUCUCUCUCUUUCUCUCUACAGUGAUAGAGGGUUGAAUGUGUUUUAGCAUGUGUCUGGGCCCAGUGGACAGCAGUUUACAGUCGCUUGGCCUCCGUAAGCCUCUGAUGGUGACUCAUACUGGGUGGGAGACAGUAGAGUAAUUGCACUGAUGUCCAAUGGGCUCGGAUACACACACACACACACACACACACAUACACACACAUACACUAAUCAGGGCUGAACUGCAGCGCACUUCGCUGCGUCACAUACAAAUGCAUAUGUCUACACACAGACACUGAGACUUCCAAAGUAGACUCAGAUACACAGUAACACUAGUUUUCCAUUGAUCCCAUUGCAUUACUCUUUAAUCAGACAUUCUAACACAACAUAGUUCAUUUGUGUUGGCUAAUUAGCUCAAAUUUGCCACAGACGCCGCCCUUUGAAUACGAUCUCAAUCCAUUUCACAAUAAUAGAUAACAUCCCCAGGUCUUGUGAUAUUUUUCAAACAGCACAUGUGGUGACAUGGCUGCUCUCCACAGUCAAAUGAUACUUUCACAAUUCAAUCUUGGAAGGCUGCAGUAGUAUGAUCUUCUGCCCAAACUGUUAACUCAAUCAAGUGUAAAUUGAUAACAUAAAGGCGAUCUCGUUGUCUCCCUCUCCAGUUGGAAAAGAUGCUUGGUUUUUCUUCUGAAAAAGAAAAGGAGAGCUGCACACUCUAGGAGCUCAGAUGCAAUAAUUUAAUAACCUAAUAACCAACGUUUUGACAGAAAAAAGCAUACAUUUUGAAUUAGCAAAGAUGUAUUCUGUUGCUUAUUUUCUCUCUCUCUCUCUGCAUUGAUUGAUAUAUGAUAAGAACUGUAGAAGUAUGGGCAUUGUGCAUUACAUUUUGGGAAUGCACGUGAAGUAUGAUUUUUGCAUGAGCAAAUGUUCUAUAAAACUAAUUGGUUUAGGCUUGUUUUGAUCCUUAAAACAGGGUUGUGAUAGAAUAUGUUUUUCGGGGGUACGUUUUAUAGUAAAUAAGACCAUCUGAAUUCCCCCCAACUUCCUGUUCAUAUUUCAAGUUUUAUAUUGGCCUAGUUUAGUAUCAGACGCUCAAACUGGCAGAAUGUUUUUUGAAUCAGACGAAUUCCGAGGGACUUUUCAGUCGAAGUCACACUUUGGCCAUCUCUCACCCCUUGCUCAACUCGUAGAUCCAGAUACCAUAUCCUUAUGGCUUACUGAUUCCCUAAUGAUGAGAGUUCCAUCUUCUGGGAAGAGGAAGGCAAUCACUCAGGUUGUGCUAUUGUCUUCCACGGGAAAUAUUAGUGAAACUUUCACUUGAUUUUUUAUGUUGACCCUCUGAGCCCCAUUGAAUGGGGUCUCUAGUUUCUGCAGUCUAGUUGCUAACAUUUAUGGACACGUAAGUGAGACCCCCUUUGGGAGGCCGAAUUUCUGCCAAGUGAGAAACAAGGGUCCAUUUUGCAGCAAUGUGGUAAUUUCAGUUGAAAGGCUCAUGUUAACAUUACAAUCUGGAAACUGGAUCAUUCCAGUUAUAAGAAUAAUCCUGUAGGAAAAAUAAAUGGCCACCAACAUUUUGGGACUAACAGCACUAUAGGCAAUUAUUUCACAGAAGAAGUAUAAAACGUCUCUUGAUGAAAGUGCCAUAGAAUAGUUACUGUAAUCUUUGGGACUAACAUUAUUGAAAUACUACUGGAUUAAAACAUCCCUCCAACACCAGAUCUAAGAAUAAAUCACUUUUAUGUGUUUUUACUUUGAAACAGCUAUUCCCAAAUCACAUGCAUCUGGGGCCUGUACCCAUGGCAAGGACAGACUCUCCAUCAAGGCUGGGUCAGGAGAGGCCAACAGUUGGUUGACACAUGACUUUGAUUCCAAUAAAUGGUUCCAAAAUGGUUAAUAUCUUGGCCACAGCAGGUUGAUAUGAAUUUAUAUGACAUUCCAUGGGUAAUCCGUCCCAUCUGGUGGCCGCACUCCGGGGGAAUCAGAAGCUAUGAUAAUGGCAGAAGAGUCAUUUGGAAUGGGGUCAUUUAUGGGGCCCAGGGCCCCUGGCAGUCCUCCCUCCCCACCACUUUAUUUUAGUGGAGAUCUGUCUUUUUAUGUGGCUUCAGGAGAGCUGCGGGGCACAGGUUACAGCCAUAGCUGGGAUAUUCGAAAGAAUAAUGGAUUGGAAUGGUAGAGACGAAAAAUCUGAGACUACUUUGUUUCGCAGUCUGUGGUGGGAGGAGAGUUGAAAUCACAAUUACACGGUCUCCUCUGUUUUGGCAUCAAGGCACACGCUAGCAACAUGAAUGCAUGUGAUAAAUACAUGAACAACAGAUAGAUAAUCAUCAACAAACAUUUUACUAAUGGUUAACAAACAAAUUAGUAAUGGUUUAUAAACAGUCGUUAAACAGAUGUUCCAGUGUAGUGUUACCAGUUAGGUAAACCAUUAGUCUUGAUGAGCAUUGCAGGUGUGGUUGACUCCACCCCUCUGGGAUUGACUCCGCCCAUAUGUGGAUGACCCCGCCUCUCUGUGACUGACCCUACCCCUCCCCUCUGUGUUUUGUCCUGACAGGAACUCUCCUGACGAAUGCAGCGUGGGGAAGAACGGGAAGCUGUCCAGUGGAGGAGAGGGCACCACCCCUGUCACCUACAGCAGCUACCUGGAGGACAAGCACAUCACUCCCCCCAACAUGACCACCAAUGAGCGCCGCGUCAUUGUUCCCGCAGGUAACAGAACACCUUAACACACCAAAUGACACCACAGUGAUCUGAACACCAGAACACUUUUCUUUAGACAGCUGAAGCUCUUAGUUAGAUAUUCUCAAUUACCUUGGGUCGACUCACCUGUCUGCAAUUGAGAUUAUAAUAAAAAUGGAUAUCUCAUCUGAUGUGAACUAGCUCACUAGCUCAUGUGUCCUAUGUACACAUGUAAACAUAGCUAAAGAGGACCUGCUUUGGAAUGAGAAGCAGGGCGUUGCCCUCUGUGGUUAAAGGAGCCUUCAAUACCAGUCCCAAUCAGUCAGUUGCAGUAUGUGGGUCACUCACUGCUUUCGAUUAGGGGACCUCAUGUCUCUCACAUACAUUCAUCUGUCACAAGGAGAGACUUCCUGGGAUCUGCAGCAAAGAAACCCCAGCGUUUUGUUGCCGAGUGUGCUUUUCCUUGUCUAGACGGUUUCCUAUGGUGCCGGUCCAACGGGGUGGAGUAAGGAGCAGGGUGGCGUAAGGAGUAGGGUGAAGGGGGGAUGUGAGUCCCUGCCAAAUGGGAGAAAAGUAUUCUUAUCAGUUCCCCAUUCAAAGACACACACCUAGAAUAGAGCACUGAAUCCUGACUGGAUAAUCCAUGAGGCUGUGCUGUGUCUUUGGGGGAAAAUAGGCUGUAGAAUAGCCUAAAUAAAGCACCUUUGAAAUUAGAUGCUAACUUUGUGGAUAUUACAGAAUUGACACUGUUUUUUCUUUGAUAUAAAGUCAUAGAUCGGCAUUGCAUAGUCACUUCUUGAUGCAUAAAAAUAAAUUGUGGUCAUGGCCCAUAGGGGUGUUCAUAGGGGUUUUGAUGACUACACUUUUUGUGAACUACAUGAAGCUCAAACCAAAGGUCACACAAGAUCAUGCGCCAUCCUAUGUUAGCCUUGGUCACAGUAAUGUCUCCAAUGGAAAAUAACCAUAGAGAAACUUUGUUUAGAGUAAUUUCCCCACAGACAGACCUGUCCAUUGACGGCACGGAGCACUGUACUCACUAUCUGGAGGUUGUGCAACACAGUUUUUCUGGCAUAGUGCAACUUCCUCUCCAACUGAAGCUGACAAGGACAAUGACGCGACAUGUUAAGAACAUCCUGUUUUUGCUGUUCAUUUAGAGGAGGACAAUAGCCACACUGCUCCACGGAAUGUAAUGGGAGGUCGAUAUUCAACUGGCUUCUCUGCUCUACGUAUAGGAAACGCAUUCCUGAUAUUUUGGUAUAGGGACUUGGGGAGGGCAUUUCAACUUCAAAUACAUGUGGAUCUGUUCCUAUAUGAUGCACAAUGCACCACUUAGUGCAUUUUAAGAAGCCCUACAGCCCCACCCAACAUCUCUGCCAUAAAGGAUAAUAUAUUGUUGGAGGAAUACAGAAAAGUUAUGCUAAAGUGUAUUGUAAUAAAGCCUAUCAUAUAAUAUGUAGUAUUUGAUUCCACCCCUCUAUAGUUUCUGUCCCAUUUGAAUUCCAUCUGCAUUACAGUGCAUUCACUGCUUAAUGCCACAUCCACUAUAUUGUUUGGAUGGUUAAGUCCUCCAAUAUUGCACUGAGACAGACCUGAGGGCUGAGGAGAGCGAGUGCCAGCCAGCCUCCCCUUCGCCCCAACUGAUCCUCGCCUCAUGUCUCUGUAGUGAGGGAUGAGUUACCGUUGCCCCUCGCUCUUUGAGCCUGUGUAAGAACUCUGGCUUCCCGCCACCCCCCCAAAAUCUUGAGAUGCUCGUUCUCGCCCCCGCACAGAGAGCUAGGGUUACAGGCUGUGUCCCAAAUGGCACCCUAUCCCCAAUACAAUGCACUACUUUUGACCAGGGCCCAUAAGGCUCUGCUCAUAAGUAGUGCACUAUGUAGGGAAUAGGGUGCCAUUUGGGACACAGAUACAGAGUUACAGGUGUUGUUAAAUAUUGCUGGAACGGAGGACCAGACUAUGGUGUGGUUUGUUUCUGUACCUGUCAGCAGUUUUUGGAUCCUGUUAUGUUUGUUAGGUGUGUGUGUGUUUGGUACCAGUGGUCUUAUCUCUGGGAAAGAGAAUGCCGUUCUAAACACACUACUCAUGUAAUUGGACUGUAUUUGCACAAAUUAAAAUGUAUUUAGAAAAUGUUGGUUGUUAAAACCAAUUUCAUUGCAAAUGUACACUCAAAACUAUUGUCAUAUAAAGAAUGAGAGUAAGUAUGAACUUAAGAAAAUAAGUAAUUAUGAAGGCGAGAGUUUACUAUGAGAGUUUCCAUUCUCCUUUCUCUGUGAGUGGGAUAAGUUGCUCCUGUUCCAUGUUGCUACCCGCUGCAUCUUACCCCUUCCAUGGUGUUAACACAUCCCCCCUCCUAUGUUGUGUCCAUGGCCUGGCAGAUCCCACACUCUGGUCCACGGAGCAUGUGCGCCAGUGGCUGGAGUGGGCGGUGAAGGAGUAUGGCCUGCUGGACGUGGACGUGGCUCUCUUCCACAACAUGGACGGCAAGGACCUGUGCAAGAUGAGCAAGGAGGACUUCCAGAGGCUCACGCUCAGCUACAACGCAGACAUCCUGCUCUCCCACCUGCACUACCUCAGAGAGAGUGAGUGUAGUAUCUUCCUUCUCCUCCUCAUCAUCCCUCUCUCCUCUCCUCCCUCUCCGUGCUCCUGCCUUCUGCCCCUCUUUCCCAGCUGACCAACACAAUGCAAUGGCAGGCAGUAAAGAGAAAUGCUACAAAGGGCUACUACUGAAGGGCUGCUGGUCCAUUCUUUACCUCUAUACCAGAGGUAAGGUAGGAAACUUGUCCUGGGGGGUUAUAAGGUAAGCAGGCCUAAGGUGCUUUAAAUAUUGGUCUGAAACCAAAGCCUGUACACACCGUGGCUCUCUAGGACCAGACUUGCCUAGAUUAUUAAGGACAAAGAGGAGUGUAUGAUUUACAUUUACGUCAUUUAGCAGACGCUCUUAUCCAGAGCAACUUACAGUUAGUGAGUGCAUACAUUUUCAUACUGGCCCCCCAUGGGAAACAAACCCACAACCCUGGCGUUGCAAACGCCAUGCUCUACCAACUGAGCUACAGGGGACUAGAUACACUUAUUCCCUUAACAAGGUGUAGUUCUCAUAGCUUGUUAAAGUUAGGGCAAAGGGCAGAUCCUGCAGCCUUCCAGUAGCGAGCCUCAGUAGUCCUGUCUGUGUAUAGUGUGUAUCAAACUGAGCUCUCACUGACAUACUCCAGAGGGCCUCAGCUACUUUGCUUGACUGCAGAUUAGAAUGAAACCUGGUAAAGGAGUCCCUGUUGUUGCUGCUUCUGCUGCUUUGGCUGAAUGACUCACUGCUCCAAGGCCUGCUUUCCUGUCCACUGCACCUCACCUCCUCUCUACACACACACAUGCAUUUGUGCAUGUCGUACACACACACACACACACACACACACACACACACACACACACACACACACACACACACACACACACACACUCACACACACUGUUUUGAAGUUGUUAGCAGUAGAUGUGACAGUAGUAGUAGUUGUGUAGUAGUAGUAGGGAGUAAUGGUGGCAGUAGUGUAACAAUAAUAAAAUCAUUAACAUGUUUUUGAAGAGGAAUAGACACACUACAUCAAUAAAGUCAUAAUUGACACCCAUCUUAAGAGACUUAUCUGUUUAUAGUCAUUGGAGAAGGUUUGUCAGACUCUUGAGAUUAUGUGUAUCUUUGAUAGUCUGUCUCUCUCUGCUCUCCAAGAAUAGGGUAGUCCAAGUUCCAUUUGAUUGUGCAGAGAACUUUCCAAUGAACCAUUACUCUUCUCAUGAUGACUGCUAAUAGUUUUGUUUGUUUGAAAUCAGUGUCGGUUUUGGUAGAGUUACCCACAGAUGUACAGAGGAGGUGAGUGAUGGGAGAAAGAGGGGAACAAAACAGAAAGAUAGCCAGACACACAGACCGACAGACAGAGAAAUUAGAAAGCCCGAUAGCUGGAGGAGUCCAGAGUUUAGAGUGGUGUACCACCACCUUCUGAACUGGGCUGUUGAUCAUUUUUGUGUUAUUCCACAAUCCUGUGCUUGAAGCUCUCUUGAAACACAUGUCUCACGAAAAUCUUUUGAAUUACCUUUUCUUAUACAUACCUUUUAGUGUAAUCAACAGUUCCCACACCCUCAUUUAAAUACUGUGGGCAGUUUGAAAUUGAUAACAGAGAAUUGCCAAUAGGCCUACUUAUCUGUCUCCAAAUACUUAUUUUUGUUUGGCCUUAGAUUAAAAAUGGUCUGAAGGGAGUGGGUAGGCACACCUACACUAUUCACAGACCCUGACGGUGGCUGGCUUUGUAUUUGAGGUCUGCUCGACUGGAAAAGACACUAGUGAUGGGGGGGAAAGGAAGAAUGCCCUCUCCUCCUUUUGUUCUUGGCAAUGGUUGCUGCUCCUCUUUCCCCCUCGUGUGUACACACGCUUGCCGAAUUUACUCUGGAGGAGGGAAAAUUGGGAAAAGCGAUGGAUUCUCACAGACGAAUGUGGGCACGAGUGAUUAACUGUUUAUUUGGGUUGGCCCUCCCUGCCAUUGUCUCCCCUCUUGCUAUGGCGAUGUGUUCCACACUUACAAGCUGUCUCUCUUUCUCGCUCUCUCUCUCCCACUCCAUUUCCCCUCUCCUCACCCUCUAUCUCCCUGUAUUGCUCCUUGCCUGUUGAAUGUUGCCUCUAUGGCAGUUCUAAGAGCAGGCCUUACCUUAGUGCAUCGCUAAAGGUCUGUAUUUAUCAUGGCUGGCCCCCCCAACGCAUCACUCCUUGCACAUCAUAGGUUGUUUUGAGCUGUUUUCUUUUUUUGGUUUAUCUCUUUUUCAAAAGAAUGUUUUAUUUCUCAGCUCCACUUCCUCACUUGACUUCCGAUGAUGUUGACAAAGCCUUACAAAACUCCCCGCGGUUAAUGCAUGCUCGCAACACAGGUAAGGAGACCCCUGCCUCCCUUCUCUACCUCUGGCUUUGCUCCCGCCACCACAGUAUCCUCACACUCACACAGUGCCCACCUAUGUAUAUACAGUGCACUUUUUAUAUACUGUACAUGCACACUGCUUUUUUCUAUUCAUAUGAUUAUCAGAUUAUGCAUCAAGUAAUCUUAUCUGAUAUUUGUUGUUAUUAUUUCUAAUGUGUUUUUGUUAUGUGAUGCAGAAGUUACUGUAUGCUGGUGCAGUAAUGCAUUGUGGCUGUAGAGCGUAGAUGAAGGCAUGUGCUAAAGUCUAACGUUGAUGCAUAGUGCUGUAAUUACCCCUGUGCUGCACGAAAUCCCUCCCCACAUGGAUAUGGAACGUUCAGGCAAUGUGUCAUGAGAAGUUGUGACUUUACGGGUGCAUAAUAAUUUACAUAAUUAAUUAAUGAUCCUCUCUUUCACUCUCCACAGGAGGUGCAAGUUUUAUUUUCCCUAACACUUCCGUUUAUCCCACUGACAACUCCCCCAGAGUCUCCGCUAGGCCAGGUGGGUGAUUCAUCACUCCUACAAGUUUAUGUAGAUGAGGCAUAAGAGCUUACUGUAAGCACAUCCAAUUACACUUAGAGGAGCAAGGUACAAGGGUAAUAAUAAUAAUAAUAAUAUGCCAUUUAGCAGACGCUUUUAUCCAAAGCGACUUACAGUCAUGUGCGCAUACAUUUUUACGUAUGGGUGGUCCCGGGGAGAAACAAGGAAAAGGAGAAACAAGGAACCACACACCUUGCAGACAAAGUACUACAUUUUGAUUAUUGCCCAUGCCCAUUUACAAAAAUACUCAUAUACAAAGGUAUAUUUAGAAGAAGUUCGUCAAAAUAAUAUUUAGAGGUGCUAUAAUUUGUUUAUAUUUCAACAUAAGCAUCCCCUGCCCUUAAAAUAAUACUCCAGACUGCAGUAGUUGUGUCUAUGUGUUUGGGCCCCUUGUAUUAUGGAAAGUCUCUGGCAAUCAACCACUCUUGCCUCAGACCAAUGAAGUGACCCACAGAAAUGCUCUCACUCAUCAGCAUGUUUUUGUUUUUAGCAUAGCGCCCUCUAGGGGUAAGGUUAAUAACUGCAGGCAGCAGGUUGACUGUUGUCAUUACUGUUAUUUUACAGACCUGGCAUAUGAAGCAGCCAGAAGAUCUGGCUGGGCUACACAAGCUGUGUCUUCCACCAAAGGUAAGGAGUCGCAAUGUACUGUACAUCAGUCCUUUGUCGAAACAUGGCACUCCCUUUGCUUUUCAUCUAUUGGGAAAUGUGUCAAAGUCCAUCACAAUGAAUUUAAGAGGUUACAUCUUUACAAGCUUGUGGACUAGACAUAAACAAAAAAGUCCGGGCAGAAUCAGAGAACAGGAAAUUGUAUACCUCAAGAUAAGAAGGUAUUUCUCCACUGUAUACUCUUGGAACAUUGCCCUCAAGGAAACCAACCCUGUUAAUAUUUUGGGAACUUUAUCCCUCAAGGUUCCCAGCCCUCCCCAGCCAUUGUCACCAAAACAGAGGAGCAGAGGCCUCAGCUAGGUAAGAUAUUAGGUUGAACAGUACUCUGAAAUAGAUGUUGACUGAGCUGAAUAAAAUAUUUUCUCCUACAAAUGUGAAUGUUUUUCCCUUCUUAGAUCCUUACCAGAUCCUGGGGCCCACGAGCAGCAGGCUGGCAAACCCCGGUGAGUUUUAGGGAGGGUGUGAGUGAUUAUCACUUCAUUAGAUAGAAUUAAAGAUUUUAGAAAUUCAUAUUACAACAAAGGCACCAUUUGCAUGAGUAGCUGUUAUGGUGGUGACUGUUGCAAUGACUUGUUGUUGUGGUGUUGACUGUAACAUGUCUGUAUGUAGUUGUUAUGGGGAUGACCACCUGUCUCUCUCCAGACUGUAUUAUAAAUUAUUACGUGUUGAUUCCUUGUCUCUGUCCAGACUGUAUUAUAAUUGUUACUAUAUUGACUCCCUGACUCUGUCCCAACUGUAUAAGUAAUUGUUACGUGUUGACUUCCUGUCUCUGUCCAGACGUUGGCCGGGACUCAAACAAACCGCAAUCCGCCGACAUCGCACUACUCUUGAGCUUUAAAGGUAAUUUACGCUUGAGCUGACAUCCGCAGCGUUUACCCUGAAUGCGAUCGUGAACGUCAAGGAAAUUGCCUUUGAAAGUGAAGUGCAGUGCGAUGUCGACGUAGUGCGGUUUGAAUCCCGGCCUGUAUUAGUAAUUGUGACUGUGUUGACACCCUUUCUGCCUGCAGGCUCGGGACAGAUACAGUUGUGGCAGUUCCUGCUGGAACUCCUGUCAGACAGUACCAACUCCGGCUGCAUCACCUGGGAGGGCACCAAUGGCGAGUUCAAGAUGACUGAUCCCGACGAGGUGGCAAGACGCUGGGGCGAGAGGAAGAGCAAGCCCAACAUGAACUACGACAAGCUGAGCCGCGCCCUGCGCUACUACUACGACAAGAACAUCAUGACCAAGGUGCACGGCAAGCGCUACGCCUACAAGUUUGACUUCCACGGCAUCGCCCAGGCCCUGCAGCCCCACCCGCCAGAGUCCUCCAUGUACAAGUACCCCUCCGAUCUGUCUUACAUGAGCACCUACCAUGCACACCAGCAGAAGGUCAACUUCGUCACGCCCCACCCCCAAGCGCUACCCGUCACCUCCUCCAGCUUCUUUGCUGCCCCCAACCCCUACUGGAACUCCCCCACCGGAGGGAUCUACCCCAACACCCGGCACCCAGCCGCUCACAUGCCCUCCCACCUGGGCACGUACUAUUAG